UUGUCCAAUCCGCUGAAAAUGGUUGUUAUCAUUGUCAGGCUAAUAGUAAUAAUAUAAAAACUUAAGGGAAGCUCGUUGGGUAUGGUGGAGGGCUUUGAGUUUGACGAGAUUGUGUAGACAGAAAAAGCAGGCAAAUGUUUGACAUUGUGACUAUUAAUUUUUACGGGUGGUUUCUACUUGGUUUAAUUGUUUUUGUGUUAGGAAGUUUUUUAACAACUCGUCGAGUGCAAAAUUGGAAUGAUAGGAGCUCUGAAACAACUACAUUUAAUGAUGAAAAGGAUCUUGUCAAGAAUGAACAUCUUACCGGCUCAAGUCCCGUGGAAGCUAACGGCCCCUCGCUUAACAAACUUGCUGAAGAAACAAAAGAGGCAUCGGCGAAAUUUGAAGUUGCAGAGGCAAAAUGUUUUGAUAUUGAUGAUGUUGUUUCGAGUCGAACAAUAAUUACUUCCCAAUUCCAGACUCCCCUGACCCAAGGUACAGAUGCAAACAGUGUGGACUGGAUCAACAGUUCUUUAAAAUGGUUAUACUCCAAUUCUAAUGCAGAUUUAUUCAUUUCAGAAUGGUUGUGUAGUUUGAAUGAUCAGACAAGAAGAGCAUCAUCUGAAACUGAGAAUGAUGUUCAUGUGGAGUUCCACCAAAUUCAACCAGGAAGCUUCCCUCCCCAUUUGAUCGACCUUUCUACCAUGCCGGAAUCCAACGAUAAUAUUACGACCACCUGUAGGGUGAGGAAUGAAAGACUGGGUUUCAAAAUUCUCAUCACUUACAAAGUUGGAGAGAAUACAAGCUCCAUCCAGUAUGACUUAACUAUAGAAAAAUUGGAAGGAAAAUUAAAAGUCUUCGGUAAUGUAGAGGAGCUUCUUUUCAUUUUUUGUUUUGUGGAAAGACCUGAUGUAAAGUUAACUUUAAAACCCUCUCACGGACCACCAAAAAUCCUUCCCGCUGCCCAAAAAUCAAUGGAAGCUGCUGCCAUGGAUAUGAUAAUCAAUGCUAUAGCAACAGCAGCUGUUAGUCUACAUUUUGCUAAACAAACAAACUUUCCCAAGUUUCAACGUAAAGGAAAAGAUUCCCAGAUACUUGAGGAUGUUAGUACUUCGCCAAGUAGACAUCCAUCAACAAGACAUGAGCAACGAUUGUUACUUAAGAUCAUUAAAGCUACUGGCCUUGGUGGUAAAAAAGGUUGUCAAGAUCCUUACUGUGUUGUUAAGCUGAAUGAACCAUUACAGAGGUUUCAAACAUCCCCAGCAAAAAACACAAACAACCCAUUUUGGGAUGAACCUUUUCUUUUCAAUUUGAAAGAAACAUCAGCUGAAAUUAUUUUUGAGGUCCAUGAAUUUGGAAAUGACAGUGAAGAGCAAUUGCUGGGCCUUGGCAUGAUAGGAGUGAAGGAGCUAAUGAACAGCCCAAGCCAGAGGCAAGUCAUUCCUCUUCAGUCUCAACCAAUAGGAAGUGAUUCUGUGACUGGUUCUCUUACAGUUGAGUUCCUAAUCAUGGAAGGAGGUGAAGUGCCGGUUGUUGCUAACACUUCUGGAAUACAACCUGGGCUUCUAGAAAAAACCAAUAACCAAUUAACACAAGAAGACAAUGUAAUCACUACUUCCACACUACAAAAAAUAGAAAGCAUGGAAGCCAAGUCAGUGGAACAGAAUGCUGACCAGUUUCACAGGGACCAGUCCUUGCUGGAACCUGUUAAAAGCCAGGACAUUAAGGCAUACUCACAACUCCCUGCUACCACAUCUGAACCUAGUUACAAAUUAGUUGAAAAAUCUAGAAACAUAGGUUUCCCACCAGACCUUGAAUUACCAACUCCAAUAUUUUUUGCUGAUUGCCCUCACAUUCCACCAGUUUAUACUGUUUCUACUGAAUAUUAUUUUAUUAGAUCUCCUGACACUAAAUUAAUUAGGAAUUCAGCCAGAAGUACAACUUCCAAGGUCCUUAGCAGUCUUCCAGUCAUUAGAAAUAGAUUUCUUGAAAAACAUCUAAUACGUAACUCUUCCAGAAAGAAAAAGGCAGACUUUUGUGGAAAUGCUGAAAGAAAAAUACACACUCUCAAAGGUGUUGUUUCAGUUGAACCUGCCAUUUCUACAGUGGAAACUAAUGCUAUCAAAAAAACUAGUGAUCUGUCAGAUCAGUUGUCAUUAACACCAUCUUCUCUUCUACCUUGCUCUUUGUUAGAAGGCCAGCCUUCUCAUUCAUCUGAAAAAGAUGUCUGUAAAUAUAAUGAGGUAGCAGAACUUAAAACCAAAACUUUAGGGAACAAAAAUACAUCAGAUGUGGAGCUAGUUGUCCAUUACCAUUCACCUACAGAUAACUCUCAAGUGUAUCUUUCUAAUCAUGGAGAUUUUCAAACACUCCCCAAAAAUGAUGAAUAUACUACACACACAUCAACCAAAGAAGAAGAAACAAAGAAACAAUCUUGGAACAUUGAGCCAAAGGGUGAGACUUUAUCUGAAGUAAUCCGUCCGAUUUUGAAGGUAAAGUUGGACAAAAACGGCAGAUGGCGCGAAGUUUCUCAGUCUGAGGUAACAGCAGACAGUAAUACUGCAUCUCCUUCUAGUCCUAUUUCUAAGAGAGAACGAACUGUUUCUGGACAAAGCAUGUCUUCCUCUGCGAGUGAAAAAGAUGAAGUAUUCAUUUCUUCAGCUGAAAAGGGAGGAACGAAGGAUAGAAGAUCUUUCAUGGGGACUUUAAGGAAGAGGCUGAGUUUUAGAAAAAAUCGCUCUAAGUCAGUAGAACAAAAGGAAAAACCUGAAGAAAGUAUAGGUCAAGAAAGUAGCAGAAGUGUGUCAACUGACCAAUCCAAAUCUGUUCCUUGCUCCCAGGAAGUAUCUGCUAGAUCCUCAGAUCGUAAUGCCUUUUUAGAUGUACCAGGUGUAGCCUAUGACAGGAACAGCACUAUAAGUGAGGGUUCUGGCAUCAGUAUGUCAUCUCAACGUACUUACAUACAUGAGCAAUCUACCCUCGUUGUAGAAACCAACGAGAAUGGUGUGAUUAAGCAUUAUGUGAUUCCAGGAUCCCUUGCCAACCAAAGUAAAUGGGGAAAGAGAGGGGCAAAACUACAUAUAUAUAAUGACCACAUCUUUGUUGCCAAGCAUCUGUCUGGAUCAACUAUUUGUCAAGUUUGCAAGAAAAAACUAUCUCGCCGUCCUGGUAAGCAGGGCUAUGAGUGUAGAGACUGCAAUCUACUGUGCCAUAAGAGCUGCCAUGUUCAAGUCGAAACAUACUGCCCAAACACUACCAUCAACACUAUGGACAUAAGCUACGAUGAACCACCAGAACCUAUCGUGAUAACUUUUCUGGAUCGCUUGUAACACAUAGUGCUUUGCAAUAUACUUGUUGCUGUAAGUCAGAAAUACAAAAUAAAAUUGUUACUUCUCUUUGGUGGCUUUUGAGGAUGGGAAUAGAAUGAUGUAUUAAGAGUAGACUACAGAUGGUUUGAUGUUUUCAAAUCUAAUUUUAUAUAUAAUUUGCUUUACAUGUACUGUAAUGCAUGUGGUAUGCAUGUGUGCAUGCUGUCAAAUUAUACUUUUAAGAAUUUAUAAAUACAACUGUUUGCAUAUUUGUUUGAGCUUGCUUCAUUCUGUCUAACUGUUAAAUGCUUUUAACUUAGAUAAAUAACUUGCUUAUGGAGUUAACUCGUGCUCCUUUGUGUUUUAUUUUUUGUCAACACUGAUUUAUUUGAAGAGGUAAAAUAAACUAUUAUGAUGUUAUGAAGCUCUAGAAGAGUACAAUAGUUAAUAAUUGAUUUUAAUUAACGUGAGUAUUUUUACUUAUACCAAAAAUAUUGAAUUUGUCUUAUGGUUUUUCAUCCUAGUAAUAUUCAAGUACAUUUCUUAUAGUUUAUUCUUUAUGUGAAUGUAAUACAUGUAGGCCUAAGAAAAUUACUCCAGUACAAGUAUUGUAUUGUGUUUAAUUAUUUGGGAAUAUUUUUUAAAAUAUGCAAGUAUAAUGGAUUGGUGACCACAUUUGAUUAACAUUAAACUGUACUUUAAACAGUGUGUUUUAAAU